UUACGUGGUGUGAGAUAUCACAUUGUUGAGGGCCAAGGGCAUGAAAGAAAUCAAGUUAAUUUUUCAAUCCGAAAUACUACAGGACAUCUACCAGAAAAUAUUUCUACUGACAUGCUCAUUCGAUCUUGAAGUUGAUAUUUUUAACAUUUUAGUUAAAAUUAAUAGACAAAUAGGCAAUACCAUAUCAAACAAUCACAAAAACUUAAACAUUCAAAUUUUACAUAUGAAUGUAAUGUAAUUAUGAGGUAAUGCGUAGCUUUGAGCUUUCUUUGCUCCACAGUUGAACAGAAGGGAUUGUUUGUUGCUCAGACUCAGAUCUCGUGACCUUUUUUUGAUCUUAGCUGAGGAUUGGGAUUGGUGAAUGAGGUAUCUUGUCUGGGGACGAGUGAGUUGGGCUUCAUAAAACGGAGCCCUAGAAAAAGAAAAAAAGAAAAAAAAGAACGAAGGCAUUUUGCCUCUGUAACCAAACAGGAAGUGCGGCUUGGUCCCUUAUUCCGGAUUAGGGUUAUACUCUUCACCUGUCACCCCUCUCUCUGUUUCUUUAGGCGCCAAAAUAUUUGCAAAGCAAAAUCCGCCUAACUGUCAAUGAUAGGAAUAAGCAGCCAAAUGCCAACUAGCAGUGAUCGCUCGAGGACAUAUUGGACACCAACAAUGGAGCGCUUUUUUGUUGACCUUAUGUUAGAGCAUAUGCAUAGGGGGAACAGGAUUGGACAUACCUUCAACAAGCAGGCUUGGAUGGAUAUGCUUGCAAUGUUCAAUGCCAAAUUUGGAUCUCAGUAUGACAAAGAUGUCUUAAAAAGUCGUUAUACAAAUCUAUGGAAACAAUUUAAUGAUGUAAAGACUCUUCUUGGUCAGAGUGGUUUUACUUGGGACGAAACUCGAGAAAUGGUGGUAGCUGAUGAUUAUGUAUGGAAUGCCUACUUAAAGGUCCACCCAGAUGCAAGAUCAUACAGGAGUAAAUCGGUGUUGAAUUUUAAUGACUUAUGCUUCAUAUAUGGAUACACCAGUGCAGAUGGAAGAUACAGCAGAUCAAGCCAUGAUUUAGACUUUGAUGAUGAAAUCCAAGCAGCAAAAAACGGUGAUCCCACGGUAAGUUUUGCCCCAACAAAUAAUGAACGUCCAAGGACGGAGUGGACUGCUGCUAUGGACCAGUAUUUCCUUGAGCUUUUGCUGGACCACAUAGUAAAAGGAAAUAAAGCUGAUAAUGCAUUUAACAAACAAGCUUGGACAGAGAUGCUUGCCUCCUUCAAUGCAAGGUUUGGUCCUCAACAUGGCAAAAGAGUUUUAAGACAUAGGUAUAAAAAAUUGUCAAAGUAUUGCAGCGAUAUGAAGUAUCUUCUUAAACAAAAUGGAUUUUCCUGGGAUGAAAUGGAACAAAUGAUUGUAGCUGAUAAUGAUGUUUGGGAUGCUUAUAUCAAGGCACAUCCACAUGCGAGGGCAUAUAGAAUGAAAACCUUGCCAAAUUACAAUGACUUGGUCCUUGUUUUUGGGGAUUCCACCGAAGAUGGAGAAGAUACUAGUAUGCAUCAGGAAAAAGAUUAUGAAGUUGAUAUUUAUGGAACGAAAACUGGAGAAGGAAAUGCGAGCCAAACUCUUUCCAAUAAUGAUCGUACACGAACAUAUUGGACCCCACCGAUGGAUCGUUAUCUUAUUGAUUUGUUAUUGGAGCAGGUGCAUAGAGGAAAUAAACUUGGGCAGACAUUCAUAAGUCAAGCUUGGACUGACAUGGUUGCAUCAUUUAAUGUCAAAUUUCAAUCUCACCAUGAUAAAGAUGUUCUGAAAAACCGGUACAAACAUUUGAGGAGGAUGUACAGUGAUAUUAAAAAUCUUCUUGAAAAUAGUGGGUUUUCAUGGGACAGUACACGAGAAAUGAUAACGGCUGAAGAUCAUGUUUGGGAUGCUUAUACCAAAGCACACCCUGACGCUCGAUCAUACAGAGUCAAAACUGUGCCAGGCUAUCAGAAAUUGUGCGCCAUAUUUGGACAAGAAAAUUCUGAUGGAAGAUAUAGCCGUUUGUCUAAAAUUGUGGACCCUGAUGGCGAAACACCUGUGUUAGUGAUUGAUGAGUCCAGUAUGGAUCCUUCGACAAUAGAUUGGCAACCACCAAUGAGUCGAUACCUUAUCGACCUUAUGCUAGAGCAGGUGCAUGGAGGGAAUAAGAUUGAUUACACAUUCAAUGAGCAAGCAUGGACUCUCAUAGUCGAAUCAUUUAAUGAAAAAUUUGGAGUUUUAUUUAGCAGAUAUAUUUUAGAAAAUCGGUACAUAACUCUGAUGAAAGAAUGUGACGACAUUAACGGUCUUCUCAGUCAUAGUGGUUUUGCAUGGGAUGUAACUCAACAAAUAGUAACUGCUGAUGAUGCUGUCUGGGAAGCUUACAUUCAGGGACAGCCACAUGCCAUCGCAUACAGAAAUAAAGUCUUAGAAAAUUAUAUUGACCUAUGCCAAAUACAAAGAAAUGAAGUGUCAUAUAUUGGGGAUCAGGGUCUACAGGUGCAAACUGAGAAUGAUAUCCAAGAAGUAGGGGUGGAUGUACUACUUGGAGAUGUAAACAUUCCAGGUGAGGAUAUUCUAUCAUCUGAUCAACAGAAGAAGCGAUCUACUACAACAACAGGCAAUGAGCAUUCUAGCAAGAUGCAGAAAAUCAGCAAGGAGAUGCAAAGAACUUUUUCAGGGAUGGCGGAUGCAGUUAAAACAUCAUUAAGUAAGAAAGAAAGCAAGAACAAUGGAACAAUUGAAAAUGCGAUCGAUGCACUUCAAGCUCUACCAGGCAUUGAUGAUGAACUUUUGCUGGAUGCUUGUGAUCUUCUGGAAGACGACAAGAAGGCAAAGACAUUUUUGGCACUGGAUGCCAAGCUGCGACAGAAGUGGUUACUAAGAAAACUUCGUACAUAAGCUUGUUUUUUUUUUUUCACUCUUUAGAAUCUUUUAAGGUUUAUUACCAAAGUGUUGAAUUUUUAUAACUAUUCUCACAAGUUAAAGAAAAUGUAUAUCUUGAUUACAUCUUA